UGCUCUUCCGAUCUGCCCAAACACGAUGGAUCCGCUGUUCUAUUUAGGAGGGUUGCUGGUUUUAUUCCUGCUCUGGAUCAAAGUCAAAGGUCUCGAAUACGUGAUGGUUCACCAGAGGUGGAUAUUUGUGUGUUUGUUCUUGUUGCCGCUCUCCGUUAUAUUUGAUGUGUAUUAUUAUGCGAGGGCAUGGCUCAUUUUCAAGAUGUGCUCUGCGCCCAAACUGCACGACCAGCGCGUGCGAGACAUCCAGCGACAGGUGCGCGAGUGGAGAAAGGAGGGUGGGAAGACCUAUAUGUGUACAGGUCGCCCCGGCUGGCUCACCGUUUCUCUCAGAGUGGGCAAGUACAAGAAAACGCAUAAGAACAUCAUGAUCAACAUGAUGGACAUUCUGGAGGUGGACACAAAGAGGCAGGUGGUGAGAGUCGAACCACUGGCCAACAUGGGUCAAGUCACUGCUCUCCUCAACUCCAUUGGCUGGACAUUGCCAGUGCUGCCAGAGCUGGAUGACCUUACUGUGGGGGGGUUGGUGAUGGGUACAGGCAUCGAGUCAUCGUCCCACAUUUAUGGGCUGUUUCAGCACAUCUGUGUUGCCUAUGAAGUGAUUCUAGCUGAUGGCAGUUUAGUACGCUGCACAGAGGAGGAAAACUCGGAUCUGUUCCAUGCCAUCCCAUGGUCCUGUGGUACUCUGGGGUUCCUAGUUGCUGCUGAGAUUAAAAUAGUCCCAGCUAAGCCUUGGGUGAAGCUGCGCUAUGAGCCAGUCAGACGGCUGGAGGACAUCUGUAAACGCUUCACUGAAGCUUCAGAGAACAAGCAGAACACAUUUGUUGAAGGGAUCCAGUAUACUCUGGACAGUGCUGUUAUCAUGACAGGAACCAUGACUGACCACGCAGAGCCUGACAAGAUUAACAGAAUCGGCCUGCACUUUAAACCCUGGUUCUUUAAACACGUAGAGGGCUACCUGAAAAGAGACUGCACUGGAGUUGAGUAUAUCCCUCUGAGGCACUACUAUCACAGACAUACACGCAGCAUCUUCUGGGAACUUCAGGAUAUUAUUCCAUUUGGUAACAACCCCGUGUUCCGCUGGCUUUUUGGCUGGAUGGUUCCUCCCAAGAUCUCUCUGCUGAAGCUCACCCAGGGAGAAACCAUCAGACGUCUCUAUGAGCAGCAUCACGUGGUCCAGGACAUGCUGGUACCCAUGAAACAUCUGCAGGAUGCCAUCACACGUUUCCACAAGGACAUUGAAGUGUACCCACUGUGGCUGUGCCCGUUCCUGCUGCCACCAGGCAGAGGGAUGGUUCACCCCAAAGGUCAAGAAGAGGAGCUGUAUGUAGAUAUUGGGGCUUAUGGGGAACCUAAAGUCAAACAUUUUGAAGCUAAAGCAUCAACACGCCAGCUGGAGAAGUUUGUCAGAGAUGUUCACGGGUUCCAGAUGUUGUAUGCAGAUGUGUACAUGGAACGAGAGGAGUUCUGGGAGAUGUUUGAUGGACAGCUGUACCACAGAUUGAGAGAUGAAUUAGGCUGCAAUGAAGCCUUUCCAGAAGUUUAUGACAAAAUCUGUAAAUCUGCCCGACACUAACCCCACCCACCCCCACCCC